CAGUAUAAAAGCUCUGCCACAGACGAUCCAGACUCACAGAAGCGAGCAGCAGAAGACUGAACAGCAGACAGCUCCAGCACCACCACAUACAGUCUCUACCUUAUAAAUUUUGGAAGCAGAAAGCCUGAGGAAUCAGAAACUGUCCGACAGAGAUGACUACAUCCGCAGCUAAACUACAGGAGACCUACAACCAGCAGGGCUUCCUCUCAGCGCUGCCUGUGCUGAAUGAGGCUGAGCUAAGGGAGGCCAGAAAUGCCUUUUCUAAGCUGGAGGAGGAAUUUGGUGAGGAGUACACUCAGUACAGCCUCCACAAUGUUCACCUUCAGUACCCGUGGGUGAUGGGCCUCACCAAACACCCUCGUGUCCUGGAAGUGGUCAAAGCCGUCCUGGGCCCUGAUGUCAUCCUGCUUGACUCCCGCUUCAUCUGUAAAUACCCAACGCUCAAACCGGCCAACAUCCAGGAGAACGAAGAAAACAAACCCGACAAGAACGAACUUCCAUACGUGGCGUGGCAUCAGGAUAUGAGGUAUUGGGGUAUUGCUGGUGGCCCUGUUCUCUCUGUGUGGCUCGCUUUCGAUGACUCACUGAAAGAAAACGGUGCCCUUCAGGUCAUUCCAGGCAGCCACGACUCUGGCAUGUUGCCUCACCGCCAAGCCAUCCGUCCUGGAAACAUGCUGUCGGUCAACCAGGAGAUCCCAGAGGAGCUGGUGCAGGUGGAGGAAGCCGUGCUUUGCCCUCUGUUAGCUGGACAGAUGUCUAUCCACGAUGGACUCCUCGUCCACGCAAGUGACGCCAACACAUCACAGAGGAGGCGCUGUGGCUUCGUGAUCCGCUAUGUUCCCACCGUUGCCUACCCCACAGAGGAUCCUGAUCGGCCGAGGAAAUUUCAUGCAACAAUGUUGGUCUCUGGAACCGACCAGUUCAACCAUUUCUCCAGCAAAAGCACAUGAAUACUUACUGUCUUCCUGCAUAAAAUAGAAGUUGCUUUUUACACUUAACAACAAUAUUUCAUACUUUAUAGUUAGAGCAAAUGUUUAUUGGCUAUUUUUGACCAAUAGAAUAAGUAUGUUGUGAUAUAUUGAAAUGUCUGAGCUGUGAAUCAGUCAUGAAUGAAUGACAUUGUCUUGAUGUGAAUGUUUUCUUGUGCCACAUAUAGUUUUAACUGGACUGUUUUAUGAAACCUUAAAUAAAUUUGACAGAACUUACACAAA